UUUUCUGUGUACUGUGUGAGAGCAGAUAGUGAAUGCAGGGUCCAGGGAGAGCGGAUAUAGCGAAUGCGGGGUCCGGGGAGAGCGGAUAUAGUGAAUGCGGGGUCCGGGGAGAGCGGAUAUAGUGAAUGCGGGGUCCGGGGAGAGCGGAUAUAGUGAAUGCGGGGUCCGGGGAGAGCGGAUAUAGUGAAUGUGGGGUCCGGGGAGAGCGGAUAUAGUGAAUGCAGGGUCCGGGGAGAACGGAUAUAGUGAAUGCGGGGUCCGGGGAGACCGGAUAUAGUGAAUGCGGGGUGCAGGGUUUACGAUUAACAGUGAAAUGCGGGGUCCCCGGGGAGAGCGGAUUAGGGAGAUGCGGGACCUGGGGAGAGGCGGUUCCCGGGAUA